AUGUUAGAGCAAGGUAUAAUUCGUCCGUCCGAAUCUGCAUGGAGCUCUCCCAUCUGGAUAGUUCCUAAAAAAGUUGAUGCUUCUGGCAAGAAUAAAUGGCGACUCGUAGUCGACUUUAGGAAGCUAAAUGAAAAAACCAUUAGUGAUAAAUACCCAAUACCGAAUAUAUUGGAUGUACUAGAUAAGUUAGGAAAUUGCCAAUAUUUCACAACCUUGGAUUUAGCCAGUGGAUUUUACCAGGUCGAAAUGAACCCUAGUGACAUACCGAAAACAGCAUUCAACGUUCAACAUGGGCAUUUCGAGUUCUUACGGAUGCCCAUGGGCCUGAAGAACUCGCCAUCCACGUUUCAGCGUGUCAUGGAUAACGUGCUCCGUGACCUCCAAAAUACAGUUUGUCUCGUGUACUUAGACGAUAUUAUUGUGUUCAGCACUUCCUUGCAAGAACACAUGGUAAAUCUUGAGAAAGUAUUUCAGAAACUACGGGAAUCCAACUUUAAAAUACAAAUGGAUAAAUCCGAGUUUCCUAAAUUGGAAACCGCUUAUGUAGGACAUAUAAUUAGUAAAGAUGGCAUUAAGCCAAAUCCUAGUAAAAUAUCAGCCAUAGAAAAGUAUCCAUUACCCAAAACCGCAAAAGAGAUUAAACAGUUUUUAGGCCUUAUAGGUUAUUAUCGGAAGUUCAUCCCAGACUUUGCUCGGAUUACUAAACCUCUGACACAACGUCUAAAAAAGGGACUAAAAAUAACUCUUGACACAGACUAUAUUAACUGCCUCGAAAAGUGCAAGACUGUCUUAACUAACGACCCAAUCCUUCAAUAUCCUGACUUCAACAAAGAAUUCAUCCUGACCACUGACGCAUCCAAUGUAGCGAUAUGA